AUGGCUACCCUCCUGAGUGCCUUCGCACCUUCACCAGCUCUGGAGAAACCUCUGCUGAAGUUUGUGUCAGACCAUGGUCUGGAGGGCUACAACGGCAUGUGCCAGCGCAAACUCUUAACCUCCAUGAAGCAGAUGGAGAGUUACUUGGAGCUGUCCCGCAGUUUCCCUCCCACCCGCCUGGAGUGGACUGCCAAUCAGAGGAAAGGAAAGAUGGUGCUAGAAGUCUGCACUUAUAAAGAGGAGAGGAUUUCAGCAGAAGUAGAAUCUUGGACCACAGGAGAGCAAUAUGCAGGCUGGAUCCUGAACUCAAGAGGUCUGGAUACAGUCCCUCGCGGAUGGUCCGUAUCAAUGUUCACAGGCAACAAUUGGCAGGAUUUAGCAGGCUGUGACUUUGUGUUGGAUCUCAUUGGUGAAAUGGAGGAAGUAAAUUGCCCUUCUCAGUCCUCCUCUAAUUAUCCUAUUCACCCUGAGAGGGAUGUGAGCUACUUUCAAAAGAACUCUCCAAACAGGAUGUGCUUGGAUAUCCCUCCUGCACCCACCUUUAAGGCCCCUUCUUUCCCUCCACCUCCCCUGCCUCCCACGUUUAACAAGGCGGUCCAUCCAGGUGAGUCUCCAUCUCAGGUCAGGAGUUCAAAGGCAUCUGAGAAUGCUGGGGAGAGAUUGAUCUUUGCAUCCUGA